AUGAACUCGGGUCGAUCACAUGCCGCCCUCACAUUCGACACAACCGCGGCUCGGUUCCACGCGCCGCCUGAAUCCGUGGACGGGCUCGCCGAUCGACCCCUCAGUGUGAGCUAUGACUCGCAUGAAGCAUGGGUGCCUGGGAAGGUCGAGUCGCAUUUCAAGCGCAUCAAGGAGCGGUUCGCCGGUGUCCGCACGUUCCAAACCGCCGGCGUGGAAAACCACAUCGACGUCGCGGCAAUGGUGGGACUAAAAGUCUAUGCCGGUGUGUGGAUCCAAGGUGCUUCUACCAGCGUGGAGGCAGACAUGCAAGCUGCUGUCGACGGAGCCCGACGUCACUCGUCGAACGUUGCUGCCAUCUUCGUCGGCAACGAAGACUUGAUGGACGGGAGGGUCACUGAGCAGUUCGUCGUAGCUCGGGUUCGCCAGAUGAAAGGACUGCUCGCGAGUGCGGGAUUGAAGAUUCCAGUGGGCAGUGUGCAAACCGAUGGAGACUGGCUCGACGCGCCAACGUUGGCGGCCGAGUGCGAUGUCGUGGGGGUCAACAUUCAUCCGUUCUUCAGCGGAGCCGCUGACUCGGGGACCGAGCCGGUGCUGGACCUUGGUCGCCGGUGGACUGCCAUGACACGUCGGUACCCGACGACAACGCUGGUGCUUACCGAGACGGGAUGGCCGACCAGCGGCCGGCCAUUCACCCACCACGUCCCGAGUUUGGCUCUUGCCGAAAAAUACGCCAACGAAGUCGACUGGUGGGUUCGCCAAGGCAACGGGGGACACCUUCCCGCGUACUUUAUGUUUCACGACAACCUGGGCAAAUCGGAUGAUUUCGAGAGGUCGUUUGGGUUAGCAUGGGCGUCGGGGGAGUGGAAGUUUGGCGGUGGCGAGGCGAACCCUGCGGCCGUCCCCGUCUCGAGCCCGCGACUCCAUCCCUCUCCCCCUCUUGCGAACACAACGUCCGGGGUGUUUAUCACGACGAUCCAGGUGCCUCAUACGAUGGUUGCAGUGGUGUUGGCCGUCGUCCACUCGACUUACGAUCCCCAUGAACACCGCCAGCGACCCAUCGAGUACGACCCGAUUGCGUCGACGAGGCGCCAACUCGAUUCCUAUGCCCGGUGGACCUGUCGUGGUUCGUUGGUCGUGGCGUCUACCUCCGACGAGGUCGAGUUGUGUUUGGACGCGUACGAGCCGUGGAGUGGUGGUAACGUGCAUGCGUACCCGUGCGAUGCCCAAAACGUGAACCAGCUUUGGGCAUACGAUACAACGACGCGGCAAUUGUCGCAUCAGCGUCAUCGCGGGUAUUGCCUUGGCAUUGUAAACAACGCUCCACGGUUGGCUCUGUGCACGGAGGGGGCGACUUUCGAGUUUGCUACGAAUUUUUUGUUUAUGCAUGGCACGACGAGCACCACGGACUUAAAGCAGUCGCGCACGCAAUGGCCACAAACGGACCGUCGUGGAUUGUGCGUCUCCGCGACGCAGGGCGGCGUGAGAAAUUCCAGCGCCAGUUCCGAGGCGUUCCCACGUGUUCCACGCACUCGACCGUGGAUGUCUGCCUCGCUCCAGCCACACGUGCCCCUUGGCGGUAUGACCAGCAGGGUGUAA